GACUGCUGUGAGACACAUCUCCAUUACCUUCAGCUCCUGCAGCUAUGAUUUUCAUUCUGGUGUUGGCUUCUCUGUCAGGGUUCUGCACUGCGGUUGUCUGGGGGCCUGCAGAGGUGAGGGUCUUAGACCAAGACAGUACAACUGUCCAGUGUGGAUAUGCAGACUAUGAACAUAUAAACAACAAAUACUGGUGCAAGGAAAACUUUGUAGGUUAUUGUAGAACUUUGGCGCAGACUGAUGGCCCCAACACAUACGACAGAGUGUCAAUCACAGAUGACAAAACAUCCAGAUCAUUCUCUGUUGCCAUGGAGAAUCUGAGAGAGGGAGACAGUGGAUGGUACCGGUGUGGAAUCUCAGUAUCUGGAAUAUUACUGAAUGGUAAUGAAGAAAAUCUGGUGUAUAUCAGCAUCAAAAAAGUCCAAGGACCAGAGCGCGUUACUGGCAUGGUGAAAGAAACACUGACAGUCCGAUGUAAAUACCAUCGAUCUUACGCAAAAAACAUAAAAUACUGGUGCAGGAAAACCUAUUAUCUGCCAUGUUCCACUGUGGUGAGAACUGAGUCCCCCCACACCCACAGCAGAUUCUCUAUCAGAGAUAAUCAAACAGAGGGGGCUUUCUACGUCACUAUGACAGACCUCACAAAGGAGGAUGAGGGGUCAUAUCAGUGUGGAAUAUCAAAACCUGGAUUUAACUUUGACGAAACCUCCUCAGUGUAUGUCCACAUCAAGAAAGAUGCCACCAUACUUGAUCUCCAGGGUCCAUUAAAUGUGAUUGGCCAGGUAUCAACCAAUGAAAUAGUCCGCUGCCAAUAUGCUGAAGCCUACACUGAUAGUGUGAAAUACUGGUGUAAAGAAGACAAAGAUGGUCAGUGCAAGCCUUUGGUGGACACCGAAAGUAAACAAACACAUGACAGGACCCAGAUCAGAGAUGACCCAUCCAACAGAGAGUUCAGGAUCACCAUCAGAAACCUCACAGAACAGGACACAGGCCGGUACCAGUGUGGAGCCAAGCACUCAUCCCACAGUGUUAAAUGGGUCCAAAUCUACCUCUAUGUAGAAUCAGUAACAUCAACUACAUCAAAGGAGUCACUUUCUACGCCCACAGUAACCACCAGGCAAAUCCCCUACGUGACACAGCCAACCACCAGGCAAAACCUCUCUGGCUUGGACACGUUCAGGACUCUGGGAGUGCUGGCUGGUGUUCUGCUGACACUGCUGUGCGGAUUGGCCAUCAUUAUCAUCUGCAAGACCAAGCGUAAAUCAGGACCGGCUGUUGCAAGCAAUGGUGAAAAGCCCCCAGAAGAAGCCAUGGAACUCACCUACACCACAGUGGUGAUGCACAACCCCAGACAGCAGCAGGCCCAGAGGGACAGCAGUCCUUAUGCCAAUGUAAAUGUCCACCAGUCUCCACGGCCGCCUCCACCAGAAGACCACGUUCUGUACUCCACCGUUAAAUACUGAAAAGGCCUUAGCUAAUUCCUGAGGACUUUAGCAGCAAGAUGGCCACAAGAGCCCUCGCAAAGCACUCCUCAGCAUGUGUUUCAGUGUCUGUUACAUAUCGCACCAGAUGCAUGAACCCACUGACCAGCCAA